GUUCGUUCAAAUUGCACGUGUGUAAAGAAAUUUUUAAUCCUUUCCGGUUUUAACUGUGCUUCAACGGGAUUUAGGUGUCCAAAAUAUCAACUUUGAAAUACCAUGACUGAAGUAAUCACAACAGCUGGGAAGUCUUCACAGAAACACGUACGCCUGUAAACUGUGCCCUUAUUUUUUAACUUCCCUUUUCCGUAUGGCAAACCAUAUCAGACGACAGUGAUUUCCCCAGGAAACAUUUACUUGUGACAUUGAUUAAAUACAUACAUGUAUUUAAUCAAUGCUUGUGAUAGGCUAAGAUGGAAGGUUAUCAUCACUGUAAAGAUUGUGAUUUUAAGACGGAACUGACAGUUGUGUUUGAACAACACAUUAAUCAACAUCACGGCCCUAAGAGAGAAUCUAGUGAGGAGAUAUCUAGUGACGAUUCCAGCAAAGAAAACUACGGUUCCGUAAAAUUUUCCUUUGAGCCAAAUCUGUCGUUGAAGUCGUUUCAGCAUACUUCAGUAUGCACGGAAACGAAAGAAAGUUCUCAAAGUAUGAGUUCUUUGCAAGAGAGCGCCACAUGCAGUUCCGACUUCAAGCAAACUGAGGAAGUAUAUCGGUAUUAUUGCCCCAAAUGUACCUACAAAUGUAAAGUUAAAAGAAAUUUAACUCGUCACAUUCGAGUUUUACAUUCGCACAGGUGGUAUGCAUGCGACAAGUGUCCAUUUAAAACUAAAUGGCAAGCAAAUCUAAAAGUCCACAUAAAUACAAUUCACAUAGAUGAACAUGAAGGUAAAUGGUACAAGUGCCAAAAAUGUGAAUUCAGGACCAGAACAAAGGCUACUUUAACAAACCAUAUAAAUAGCUUACACGAGGACGUUAAAUGGUACAAAUGCAAAGAGUGUUCUCACAAAACUAAACAUAAAAUACUUUUACAAAGGCACGUUUUAGUCAAGCAUAGAUAUCUAAACAAGCGAGAUAUUUAAAAAGUCAUUUGAUUUAUAUGUAUUGUAUCCGUGUGAUUAUUGCUGAUAUAACGCAGUGAGUAUUUAAAGCGUCAUAUAAGCAAAUAACCAUUUGGAUGGAACUAAAGUUAAAUGGUACCAACUGCCCUUACAAGAAUUAAAAGAGGAUCAUCAUUUUAUGAACAGGAAAAACACGUGUGGGAUUUAGUUGAGUUUUAGUUGGAUAGU